GGCGAUUGUUUCUCGCUCUCGGACCAUUGAUCGCUUCCAUCGAUAGAUUUGGGCGAGCGUCAGCUGAUAACACAGUCUCGUAAAUUGGAUAGAUCAUCAGCAUUGGCCAGCCCACUCACAGCGCCGUCUCCACUCAUUCGUGAAGCGCCCGGCCCUCCUCUGUGCCUGCCAUCGACGGCACUUGGCGUGCUUUACCGCAGUGUGGCUUGAGAGCCAAAGCGCGUUUGGUCGGCUUUGGCCAUCCUGCAAUUGUUUAAAAGGCGCUGCCGGUUUCCCCACUCUGUCCCACCACCCACUGCUCCAUCUUUCUAUACCCUCACGUUCUCGCCUCUUGCUCAAACCUAUCGCAUCUUCGCCCCUCAUACCAACCAUCCCUCCACAUGAAGCAAGCGCACUCCGUCCGGACUUCGGUCCAGCGCUUCGACCCGAUGCGUGCAACUCACUACAAGGACUAUCCGUUUGAGCUCAACAGAGGCCGGAACAUCUACAACUAUCGCUCUGUUCCAGUGGCACCGCCUACCAAACCUCCUCCCGUCAAGACAGCCAUUGUGGAUCCCGAGGCGGUUGAACACAAGGCGCAGAGGGAACGCGUUGAUCAGCAGAUUCUACCCCUGCCUUCUGUUGCGACCCCUCAAGAGCCCCUUAUUGACGACACCGAGUUCAAAUCCUCCGACUACGUGCCCGAGAUUG